CCCCAGCAGCAAUCAGCAAUACAGCAAUAUAGGAGCGACAGCUGCGGAGACCGCACACAUACACAAGCUUGCAGCGAAAAGCAAAGACUCAAUACACGGCCAUCGAUACACUUUUGUCUAGUUGUUGUUGAAGUGAAAAAUCAAAAACUGCGUUUCUUAGCCAAUUACUUUAUAGCCACAAUCAUGAAGUUCCAGUACAAGGAGGAGCACGCUUUCGAGAAACGCCGCGCCGAGGGAGACAAGAUCCGUCGCAAAUAUCCCGACCGUGUGCCUGUCAUUGUUGAGAAGGCACCCAAGGCGCGCAUCGGUGACCUGGACAAGAAGAAGUACCUGGUGCCCUCUGACCUCACCGUCGGCCAGUUCUACUUCCUGAUUCGCAAGCGCAUCCACCUGCGUCCCGAGGAUGCACUCUUCUUCUUUGUGAACAACGUCAUUCCACCAACAUCGGCUACCAUGGGCUCCCUCUACCAGGAACAUCACGAGGAGGACUACUUCCUGUACAUAGCCUAUUCGGAUGAGAACGUCUACGGCAUGGCCACGAUUAACUAACUUGGCUAACAGAAGCAACACACACACACACACACACCCUAUACAGAAAUCUAUAUAUAAAUAUAAACUAUAUUUUAUGUUUCGCAAGCAGCUUAAAAAAAACGCGGACGCGAGUUAGCUAAACGAAUUGCAAAAAAAAUAUGAUCUGAACUAGGAGACAAAAACAAAAAGAAAAAAACAAGAAAAACCAAACAAAAAACCACAAAACAUAAAACGACAAAAAAGAAUUGUUAUGUGAAGAAUUAUUUUAUAUAUAUACAUUUUCUAAACGCGUUAGUAUUUUCAACUAAAGUCGGCAUUAUGCUAUCCAUUAACCAACUUCUUUCCCUCCCCGACUCCCCUUCCCACGCAUCCAAAAGUUUAUUUUUAUUUUUUUUUUUUAACCGCCGAACUUGAAACCGUGCAAUAAUAAUUCGCACUUUUGUACUUUAUUUUUGCUUACUUUGGUUUAACAUUAAAAAAAAAGAAAAGUUUUAAAAAUGAUGAGCUCCUUCCCCCCUAUAUGAUUUUUUUUUUACAAUACAACAAAAUUUUGUGCAUAUUUAGUGUGUAUGGUUACAAAUAGGACUCUCUCGGUUAAGUGUAUGGUAAUUAAUCUAUUAUUAAAUAAAUAAAAACAACAAAAGUAUA